AUGACAUACAUACUCGCGUACACCUGUCCAAAGGGUAGUCUCGAAGGUAAAGUCGCCAUUGUUACGGCGCUCCAUCUGGGCUUGGAGAAGCUAUCGCCAGGAAGGCUUUUGAAGGUGCCAAUAUCCUAUUUGAAAACAUUGCAGCUGAUGCUGGGAGAACGGGUGGUUCAAAAUAUGGACGUGAAAGACGCUCCGGGUCGUGCCAAUGCUGUCCUUCCUGAAUCUUAA